AUGGCAGCGAUGCAGCGGUUGGGCGUGAUACUUCUGAUUUCGGGCAUCUGUGGCACGCUGAUGACAACAUGGUGGCUCCAGCUUGGGAGGAAAAAAUGGCCACUCAGAGAAGGAGACGCCAAGCUGCUUGCGUCAGACCAUGUGGGUGACGGCUUCCUGUUGCAUUCGCAGGUGCCCAAAGACAGGUGGUGUGUCAGCCUGGAGGAUCUGCGUCAAUUCCGCCGGCUGGUGGUUGAAGCGGUCUCGCAAGGCACCAUUCAACCUAGCGACAGAGACAGGUUCGACGUGUCUGACUUGGUCGUGGGCCCGUGCGUUUACACAGUAAAUGAGCAGUUUAUCCAGCCGAUUACAGCCCGGGCUGGUUCCAUGAGCUGGGCCCUAUUAAAGCAUCCCACUGGUUUGCAGUGCGACGUCUUUGUGACGCACUGCUGGGCAGAGGGGAUCUAUGAGUUCGUCGAGAGAGUAGAGCAUGCAUGGCCGAAGAAUGCCAAAGGUGCGUACGUCUGCUUUCUUUCCAACCCGCAGAAUCUCGACAUCGCCAGCCUCAUUGCUCAACCGAUUGAUUCGCCAUUCGCCGUCGCUCUGCGAUCCGCAUCUUCUCUUCUAGUUGUUCCCAAUCAUCGCUGCUCCAUUUACACAAGGCUAUGGUGCGUUUAUGAAGCUUUUCUGGCUGUUUCGUGGCAGAAGAGCGUCAUCGCAGCUUCAGUCCAGCAGAUGGGUUUCUGGCCUGGCAUCUUACGGAUGGCCUGCCUGUACUUCACGGCCAGCGGCAUCGGGAUAUUGUGGCAGCUCGAAAGCGAAGUAGCUCUCCCUCAUUUGCCCAUCACGUUGGUGGGUGUCUGUGCAUGCAGCUUGGUCCUACUUUUGAGGAGAUGCCAAUGCGGCCACGAAGUGUGCAGCUUCCGCCAACGGGCGUGCUUGUUUCUGAUGUCGCUCUGUUGUGGCUUCGCCUCGUCGGUGACCUACACCGGUCAGAGCAUUUCUUCCGCGAUCCAACCCACAGUGGGUAGCCUCUGGCUGAUUUGGUUUGUGUUUGUUUGCUGCCUAGAUUUUGAUCGGAUGACAUUCGCAGAUGCCUUUCUACGGAGCAGAUUCUUGGGGAAGGACUUGUCCGAUCGCCUGAUCAUGGAGGCGGGCUGUUCAUCUGACACAGACAAGGCGCGACUGCGGGCGGAGAUUUUCCAAAGCGGGCAAUCGCAACAGGUAGAGGAGGCCGUGGCAGUCCUGUUGCGCAUGAACAUCUUCACCUGUGAGCUGCACCGCACUGAAGCUUUGACUGGGGAACUCGGUGAUAUGUCCGCAUUCAGCCGCUUUUGGGUUGCGGGCGCACUGAUCUGGUGGAGUCUGCUUCCUCUGGUUUUACGUGGGACGAGCAGGACAGUCAUGAUUGACAUUCUCACGGCAGCCAUGGCUUUGUCAGCACAGACGAGCGUUCAUACGGACAAGGCAGAAUCCCCAAUUUUGACGUCCGGCAUCAUCUUGACGUCAUGUAUCGGAGCGGCAGGAGCUUCUGCCCGGUCUCUUCGCGCUCGGCGUCGGCAGAAGACCGUCCUGCCAAUGAGCAGCUGCACCAAGGGAACUCCCAGCACAGGCAAACGUGCAAGGCGAUGGGGUCCAGCAAGAGAAAGUGCCAGACACGAUGGACCUAAUACAAAAGAUCCAGAGUACAGGUAA